GCUGGGAGGCUGUCGUAUCGAGCACAGUCAGUGGAUAACUGGGUUGCAACGUCAAUAACAAUCGGUAUAAUACCGCUGGAUUAUCGGCGUUGCAUGCGUUUAUUGAAUGCGAUUGGUAUGCAUUUUCACAACCCUAGUAGAACACUGCAAAGAGGAAAUUCUGACUCAUAUUCGUGGUUUCGUUAUCUGUAACGAGGGCGUUACAGGAAAGAUGCCUUGUCCAUCGGUGAGUGCGGUGCGCGAUCGCAGAUGAUAAAGAACGGUGCAUUUUAAUUUUGAUAUGUAGAUAUAACACACGGCUUAUCGUGUUAUAGUUGGAAUAACGGUGUAUAGGUAAAUAUCUAUGACAAAUGGAGUAGAACAGAUGCUAAAAUGCGAGGUGCCCGGUCUAUUUGCGCAGGUGGAUCACCAACCUGAUGUUAACAAUCGCGUUUCUCCCCGCGUCUGCCGGGUCGGUAUGCUGUGAAGCUGGUUGUGAAUACCGGGACUCGAGUCAUGCUUCCCGGGGUCGGCGUGUUUGGCACCAGCUUGACCACGCGGGUGAUUAUCCCGCUUUUGAAGAACGAAGGAUUCGCAGUCAAGGCUCUAUGGGGACGGACUCAGGAGGAAGCCGAGGAGCUGGCCAAAGAAAUGAACGUACCGUUUUAUACCAAUAGAAUCGACGACGUUUUGCUGCAUCAGGAUGUGGAUUUGGUGUGUAUCAACCUUCCUCCACCUUUAACGCGGCAGAUUGCUGUCAAAACAUUAGGUAUUGGUAAGAAUGUGAUCUGCGAUCGCACCGCCACCCCCCUCGAUGCCUUCCGCAUGAUGUCGGCCGCCCAGUACUACCCCAAACUGCUGAGCGUCAUGGGUAACGUGCUGCGCUUCCUGCCCGCCUUCGUUCGGAUGAAGGAGCUCGUGGAGGAGGGCUACGUGGGGGAGCUGCUGGUCUGCGAGGCCCAGGUCCACAGCAGCAGUCUGUUGGGUAAGAAGUACAACUGGAGCUGUGACGACCUGAUGGGCGGUGGGGGGCUGCACUCGGUGGGUACCUACAUCAUCGACCUGCUCACCUUCCUGACGGGCCAGCGGGCGGCCAAAGUGCACGGCUUCCUCAAGACAUUCGUCAAGCAGACGGCGCACAUCUGUGGCAUCCGUCAGAUCACCAGCGACGACUUCUGCACCUUCCAGAUGGUGCUGGAGGGCGGCGCCUGCUGCACCGUCACGCUCAACUUCAACGUGCCCGGCGACUUCCGCCAGGAGGUGAUCGUGGUGGGCACGGUGGGCCGGCUGACGGUCAGCGGCACAGACCUGUACGGACAGAAGAACACCAUGGAGGGAGGGCCGGAGCUACUUCUGAAGGACAGCACCCCUCUGGAGAAGGCCUCCCUACCGGAGAAGGCUUUCAGCGACAUCCCCUCACCCUACCUGACAGGAACUAUUUGCAUGGUACAGGCGGUGCGGCAGGCCUUCGAGGACCAGGAUGACCGGCGCACAUGGGAUGGAAGGCCUCUGACUAUGGCGGCCACCUUCGAGGACUGCCUGUAUGCACUGUGUGUGGUGGACACCAUCAAGAAGUCCAACCAGUGCGGCGAAUGGCAGAACAUUGAGGUGAUGAAAGAGGAGCCCGAGGUGAGCCCGGCGUACCUGAUCAGCGAGGCCAUGCGGCGCAGCAGGAUGUCUCUCUACUGCUAGCACUGGCACCAAAAUGGCCGACUGGUGCUAGAGACUGGGGGUGAGAGAGUGCCCUCAUUGGCUGGCUGUCUGACCAAUAGGGGAUAAGGGUCCUGUUUCGCUUGUCCCCAAAAUGAUGUGAACAGUGAUGAACACUCCUAUCUCUUUGUCCUCUUUUCUGGAUGAAUAAGCCUCGCACUGUGGGUCUGAGAAAGGGAGGCCGUUUCUAUGGGACUCGGGGGGUCAACAGAGGGGUUUUAUUGUACCUCCUAGAGAGGUGAAUGUUUAAACCACAGGGGGCUUGAAUGGUUCCGUCCCUGUCUCAGUGUAUGUGUGCUGUGUAUGAGUGUGAAACCGGAGUGCAAAAAAACACCUGAAAAAUGUAUAGUUUGGUUGGUAGGGCUUUUAGUGAGCCCCCCCCUCUGAUAAAGUGUGCAAUAAAUCCUGCCAGAGCUGCAGGCUCGUGGAAUUAUGUCAUCCUGCCUGAAUCAAGGGAAUACCCUUUUUGCCUGCUUCUCGUUUUUGUAGUAACGUCCUUUAUGCAAUAGACAGACACACAGUCUGUGGAUGGCGACUCAAUCCCGUGCUAUGCUGUGAGUAAAGCCAAGUGUUUUUCUAUCUCAAGGUCAUUCCCGUUGCUUAGCUAGCCAGCUAGGUUAGCAUUUUGCAUGCGCUAAAGCUUCUUACACAAUAGCGACAAUGUAGGUUAAAACAAUCAGUACUAACCUCUGGGUUAGUGCACGGAUGGGGACACUAUCAAGCCUCCAGAUAAACAGCCUUUAAGACUCCCACUAGGAACGCUUUGCUUGACUAUCGGUGUGUGUGUAUGUGUAACUUAGUGCUGCUACCUGAAGAACAUGCGUUCAUUAGUUUUUUUUUGAGAGAAGAGCACUGAUGGUCGUGUACUCGUCAUUAUCCACACAGGUUACAGGAGAGAAUGGUAGUAGCACAUAUUGACCUACAAGCCAAAACGUAUUUUUGUAUUUUAUUCAAGCGCUAUCUUAUUGUUUUCUUAAUGUUGAUUAUGCGAUGUAGGCUUAUGUCUAUAGUCUUGUAUAAAACAAAAAGUGAAUUGUUUAACAUUAGUCAUGAUAUAAAUGUACUGUUUUUUUGUAUUUUAUUUGUUUGUUAAACUGCAGUGCAAAAAGACUGGAGCAUGUUUUGAUGAACGCACUGUUCAGUAUAGAAGUAUUCAUUUUGUGUUUUGGACUGAUCCGUAUGGGGGGGGGGGGUCUAGUUAGUGGGAGACUGGUGAGGUGAGAGUCUAGUUAGUGGGAGACUGGUGAGGUGAGAGUCUCGUUAGUGGGAGACUGGUGAGGUGAGAGUCUAGUUAGUGGGAGACUGGUGAGGUGGGAGACUGGUGAGGUGAGAGUCUAGUUAGUGGGAGACUGGUGAGGUGAGAGUCUCGUUAGUGGGAGACUGGUGAGGUGAGAGUCUCGUUAGUGGGAGACUGGUGAGGUGAGAGUCUCGUUAGUGGGAGACUGGUGAGGUGAGAGUCUCGUUAGUGGGAGACUGGUGAGGUGAGAGUCUCGUUAGUGGGAGACUGGUGAGGUGAGAGUCUAGUUAGUGGGAGACUGGUGAGGUGAGAGUCUAGUUAGUGGGAGACUGGUGAGGUGAGAGUCUAGUUAGUGGGAGACUGGUGAGGUGAGAGUCUCGUUAGUGGGAGACUGGUGAGGUGAGGGUCUCGUUAGUGGGAGACUGGUGAGGUGAGAGUCUCGUUAGUGGGAGACUGGUGAGGUGAGAGUCUAGUUAGUGGGAGACUGGUAAGGUGAGGGUCUAGUUAGUGGGAGACUGGUAAGGUGAGAGUCUCGUUAGUGGGAGACUGGUGAGGUGAGAGUCUCGUUAGUGGGAGACCUCAGCUCCAAACGUGCGUUGGUCCUGUCUGUGGGAUCUCUGAGGAAAAUGACUAUCUUGGUUGGAGUUAUAGAAACCUUUUUAAAACGUGUGGUCCUCAUUUGUAUUCCAUUUUUGAUAGGUGCAGAAAAUCUAUCAACUUCCCUUAGGGCUCAACAAGCACACUUUGUUAGGGCUCAACAAGCACACUUUGUUAGGGCUCAACAAGCACGCUUUGUAGCUAUUCAAAAGAUAUCAUCUGUCCAGUCAGUCACCCAUUGGGCACACACUGGUUGAAUCAAUGUUGUUUCCGCAUCAUUUCAAUGAAGUUACGUUGAACCAACAUUGACUUGACAACCGUGCCAAGUGGGAUGCCUUCGCCUAUUCAAUGAAACCUGGAACUGUGAUAUUGAUUUAGAAUUUUGGUCAAAGUUCUCAGUUCUGGACAUUCCAGGGCCUAUAUUCACAUUGUGUCUCAGAGUAAGAGUGCUGAUCUAGGAUCAGGUCCUCCCUGUCUUAUUCGUUAUGAUCUGAAAGGUAAAACUGAUCCUAGAUGCAUUGUGAAUACGGGCCUUGGUCUCAUAAAGAGUUGCGGUCUUCAGUGUAAGAAUCCCUGUUGCAUGUUGGCCUUUCCGAUCAUCAGUAAGCGAGAAGGACAGAUUCAAGAUCCAGUCUUGGUAUUAUGUACUUGACCAUCCUAAUUCUUUAUCCAAUUCUCAGUUAGUCCCCUCUGUUCUUAAGCCGGGUCUAUGGCCUUGUUCCAAACCAUGCACCUCUAAAGCUGCACCCAGAGAGGAAGUCUGUGAGGAUUCCCUUUUGAGGCCUUAUCGGGAGGAGAUGAGGAGAGGUGAUAGGAACUAUGGUUUAGUCCCCUUCCAGUCCAGGAUGGAGCCCGAUUCGCUUUAUUAGAUCAAAUCAAACCAUUGAACUUGACCGUGAAGAUCGCUAACGCGUCACAUUAAACGUGACAGCGCUAAAUCAGACAUUUUAUCAGACUCUAUGAAGGACAGAAAGGAUCCAAGUAGAGUCUGUUUAGCGGUUUGAUGUGGCACACCGGCGUAUUUAGCCGUAAGCCUAUAUUUUGACGAGGUGCUCUAGAUGCCAUUUCCUUCAACAUUUUUUAGGCCAGUUGAUGAAAAUUGAGUUUGGGUAUUUAAGUGGUUGAAUAUUUAAUGUGUGAAAUUAGAAAUUAAUGUUGUGGAAGAUUUCAUGCAUUUGGUGUCCCUUAACAGGUUUGCUGACUAAUUUGUACAUUUUAAUUUAAUGUCUUCAUGCCAUUUUAUUAUUUAGCUUUUUUGCUUUUUAUAAAGUGAACGUUUCAGGUCACAGCCAAUGUUGGUUAAGUUGUAUGAUAAAAUGGACAACCGCUAUACCACAUCAAACUGCAACAACGGAGAUUUUAAUAUUGUAGUGUGUGUGUGUGUCUAUAGCUGUACCCGAAGGUGCUACCCUUAGCGCACUGUAGAUUCUCCUUUGACUGUACGCCCCCUCCUCUGCGGGACUGUGGUAUGACAAAAGACAAGUCAUAUUGCCAAUUCCUUAUUGUCAUUGUCUGUGUCUUUUUAUGGUGCGUCCUCUUGGCUUUAAAAAAAAAGACAUGGAAAAAGAAAAUGUAAACAUGGUGGGGGAGAUGUUACAGUUUAAUAUGUUUGUUUGUUCGGCUUUGUUUGCUGAAAUGUUAAUAUUUUAGAUCUUCUCCGUGCUGUGCCAACAUUUUACAAACAACUUAGGGAGAUUGGGGUUUCCUGAUUUAAUAUAGAUGGUAAUCUCGCUCAGUGGGAUUUAGAUUAGAUAGAUUUUGGGAAACAAAGACUUUAGAAUGUGGUUUGGAUACAUGACCCCCCCCUCCCCUGCCUUUGGUACCCUAAGGGGGGUCACUCUGUUCAUAAUGAGAAAACCUCAAAGGUGGUUCUUGUGCACCCUCAGUUCAUCACCUAGCAACUGUGGCAACCACUGUGCCAACACUCGGCCAUCUUGGAUUUCUUUCCACUUUCUCUCAUUCUCUUGUUUUCUGUUUCUGUCUCUCAUUCUCUUUUACCCCCCUCUCCCUCCUCGUUCUCUCUUUCUCCUGCUCGCUCUCAGCCUGAAGGACAAAUUGACUUGGUGCCUCAGCAGACCCCUGAUAGCUUAUUCAUUAAACUCACCGUUCACUCACAAUUGUUUUAGUUUUUUUUGCCUUUUAAACUGUAAAAUGAAAUAUGAUAUUGAUAGAUUUCCCCCACGUUCCUCUUACCAUACAGUGGCCCCUUUUCAUUAUGGCACAGACGAAGCAACCACCGGGCAAGGAAGCUUACAUUGAGCCUGCUUACUUUGGUGAAAAUAUAAUGAUUGUUGUUGAUUUAUUAUGAUGGUCAUUUUAGAUUUUAAGUCAAAUGUCAAUGAUGGCAGUAGACUAGAGCGUCAGAAUAGCUGUUUGUUGGGUGACCGUUUACCCUUCACACUGGGGAAACGCUGAACCCUACUCCUUGCCCUAGUGUCUGUUUCCUUGACUACAGGCUGGAGUGGCAGUUGUUUGGCCCAAUAGUCCCAGACUCCCGGCCCCUUCGUUUCCUGGGAGGAGGUCAGAGGUGAUGACUGCUGAAAAGGGCAACACACACACACACACACACACACACACACACACACACACACACACACACACACACACACACACACACACACACACACA